AUCAUGCUUACCUCAUUCCAUUCAUAACCCCUUUCUCUCACUUCCACUCCACUCUCUUUCUCUCCCUCUCUCUUAAAUGCAAAGAGAAGCAGAAAGGUCCAUGUGAACCUUGACGAUCAAAAAGUGACUCCUUUUCCAAUUCUCUAUUAAUUAUUAUACACUUACAUACCAAUGGGUUCAUGCUCUUCCCUUCAAAGAACCCAACAGACCGAAGAAAAAACCACCAUGAAACUCAACCUCUCAUCUUUUGCCUCCAAAGCUAACACCCUCAUCAUUCCACCAUCACCCGUCAAGCCCAAAAAUAAUGAAACUUUCCCGCUUGACGAUUCUGCCCUUAACUCUCACCGCUCAACCACCACCACUUCAUUCACAGAUUAUGAUAAAAACGCUAGCAAAGAGGAAGCAUUUUUCGAUUCAAAGGCUUGGUUAGACUCAGACUGUGAAGAUGAUUUCUACAGUGUCAAGGGUGAGUUCACCCCAUCGCGUGGCACCACUCCGGUGCACCAUUCUUUCGCCACCCCUGUGAUGACCAAUACCAUUCCUGGUUCUGCAGCCGAGCCAUCUCCAACAGAAAGGAAAAAGAAACUGUUGGAGCUUUUUCGCGAAAGUAUCAGAGAACACAAAGAUGGCGGCGAAAACAAUGAAGGAGACAAACCAAUUAUACAGGACUUUCUACUAUCUAAAUCUGCAAACAGCACUCCAUAUUUCUCAGAGACUAACUCUGCAGGUAGCGCUGUUAAAUCUAAGCAGCGGUGCCUGCCGAGCUUGGUGCCGUGCCGCAGCUUCAGCGAGAGGCGAAGGAAGGGGAGUCCGGGUUCGGCAAUCGCUGCUAAUGGGAAGGCUUGAGUCCUCCUGUUGCAAUCUUUAUUAGCAAACAUAAAUCUUCCGCAUCUUGGAAGAUGAAGUCAAUGUGAUAUAUACGAUAAAUGUAUGUAAAAAUCUUUAGUAUAUGGCUGUAAAAAGCAAUGUAGAAUUAUAUUAUGAAUUUGGAAGGGAAAAAAAAUAAAAAGAGAAAAGAAAACACACAUAAAGGAAGAGAUUUUUAUUUAGUAA